AUGAAUGCUAAGGCAGAGCUUGGUGGAUCUGGGUCCCCAUCUGCAUUGCACCUGGAAAGGCUGCUGGUCGCAGCUGCAGAUGUGAAUGGUCCCUCAAUCUUGGCUCCGGUGCUGCGACCUACGCGCUCCUUGUCUCCUCGUCGGAGCUCCGAAGAGAGUGUUUACACAGGAGCAUCCACGGCCACUUGCUCCACCCGAGCGUCCACUCGAGCUCAUGGCGUUGGAUCCUGUGAACCCACAGCUGAAGAGAUGCUCUAUGAGGAAAUGCCAGAGAUGCCAGAGGGUUCCAGAUGGGUGGCCGGAUUUCUCCUAAGGCCCGAACAACUUCCACCAGGCAUCGAGGACCGAGACCUUGAUGCUUUGGUUGAUGAGGUCCAUGCCAAAUGCGGUGCAAUUUUGCCCACUUCGAAGCAACAAGCUUUGAGGUUAGUCCUUGGCAUGGGCUAUAGCUCUGAAGCGGCGGUUGCCAAAUGGCAAGAGAUCGUUGAAUGGAGAGCAUUUGUUGGCAUGGACUUGAUUCGCCAAGAGCAGGCAGAUGCAGUUCUUGCUGACGGUCCCGUGCGCUUCCCAGGCACAGCAGAGGUUCAUGACAAGCUCAUUUGCACCAGCCCUUGUGCUUUUUUGUCCAUCGAUGGUUCCCCAAUUUCCAUUUGGCAUGCUGGCACAAUGAACACGAGGGACGCGGGGGCAUUGUCCAUUGAGCAGAUUUCCCAAUGGAGCAGGGCCGUUUUUGAGUAUAAAGAUGCAUGGAUUUGUCAACAGAGUGAAAAGACCAAAAGACUGGUCGGUUACGUGCAAGUAUAUGACAUGAGAGGGAUGAAUUGGCGGCACUACUCUUCGCGAGAACUGGUUGACAAGCUCAAGGCGGCCUUGCAAACUGGCGGCUUUUAUGUUGAGGCAGUGAGUCAUAUGUUCGUCAUCAACGCCUCGACCCUUUUCUCCGCAACAUGGAAGGUCGUCCGGAACUUGAUCUCGCCAUGGACAGCCUCGAAGAUCUCUGUGUCCAGUGGUGUUCCGGAUGAACUGAUCCACUUACUAGGCACUGGGGAGUGGGGCUUGGAUGCAGUGAAGUGA